GAAACCCUUAGGGAUUUUUGGGAUGGUUUGGGUGUUUUGUUUUUUUUUCUUCUCCCUCUACAGGUGCCACCACAUACAACAGCUCUGCUUCUAGAAGUUUAAUACAGUCUCAAAGAUUUGCCAGGAGGGUUUUCUCUAGUGAGAAAGUUUAUUAAUACUAUAAACUCUCUUAUGUAACUGCUUGGAACCUCAGCUGAAAGCUCACACCCACUGUGUGGAUUCACUGUAAUUUAUUAUAUGAAUUCAGCUGGCUGGAAAAGAAAGAGGGACAUUUUGUGACACUUUCUGUAAGAAGCGAAUUUUUCUUGCUUUGUUGUAAUACUUUUUUUGCUCAGAAUUUAUAAAUAAUUCCUGGUGAUGCAUAAAAUAAUCGAGUCAAAUACAUGUUUCCAUUAUCUAGUUAUAUUUAGUUAUAUUAUUGUAUUUAGCUAUAUUUAAUUGUUCAGUGCAUGAGUAGAUAUUAUGCUGCAAGUAAGUCAUAGUAGCACUUAAACUUUGAAUUUUUUAUUUUCUCAGUGAGAUGUGCAGACUAAGGGGUUUUUUUUUGUUUAAUUUUAUUUUUUUGCAGCAUUCAGAUUUAAGACCCCUGAAGGAUAAGCACUACAGAGGUGCAGAGAUAAUUGUAAUAUCAGUGGGCACUUUGAUCAAGGGGGUAUGAUUAGCUUGUUACUUACCAUGGAAUAUCUUUAAUCUUGUAAUAGUAUCCUAUGUAGGUGGUGCCAGCCUAACAAAUGCAGCUCAAAAAGGAUUUAAAAACAUGUGUUCCCUUCUUUUUUUUGCAGCAGUCCUACAUUUGCUCCAGUCAAACUUAUUUUUUUGCAAUUUACCAUAACAGUGAAGAAAUUGUGGUUUUAGGCAUAAGAGAGAUGUUGCUGCCAAUUACCUCUUCCAUUCCUGGCCCAGUAUUGGCCAAGUGAUGUAUGAAUCAGCUUGCUCUAGGCUUUCCUAAUUGGCACAGGCUUCCUGAAUCUUCUGCUUGGUUCACAGCAGUGGCUCGUUCAGAUGUGGGAAAGUUUGGAGAUCAUUUAAAGCAGCAGCCAAGCCAUAAUCUUUUCUGAAAUACCCUUUCAUGUUUAAUGUUUCUCUGGUGCAUCAGGUUAUUGAAUAGUGCUCCCGGUUUUAUGGCAGGACCAAAGAUUUGCUAUAGCCGCGAGAUAGAACACCUAAAAUUAAAGCAAUGCUGUAUGAAGAAACCCAUGCUUUUCUCACAAGGGGAAAUAAAUGAAGAGGUUCCAUAUUGCCUGGGUCACAUCUUUCAUGCCAGGCUUAAAUUUCAGAUGGAAGUUUCAGUAUGCUCAAGAGGAGUUGUGGGAGGGAAGGCCUGCAGGAGGGAACAGCUCCAGUGUUAUUCCCAUGUGGUUUAAGGAGUCUUGGAGCCCCAAAGUACUGAUGGCUGGGGGCCUUAUCAGUUACUAUUUUGUGUUUCUUCCAUUCUCAUGCUCUUCCACAGCCAUCUGCUCCCAGCUUCCUUCUGACAGAGUGCUGGCUGAGAUGGAGCUUUGGCUCAACUCUGACAAGUCUGGUCCCAUUUCCUGGGUUGCUGUUUGCUGACUGCAAGCAGGAAUAAAAGGCUAAUAAAAGGUUCUCUGCUCCUGGCUCCUCUGUGAGGUUCUCUUCUCCCUUUGAAACAACACUAAUGUGUCCACCAGAAUGGAAAGUAAUGCCAACACUUCUGAGGGCUGUUACUUGUUAUUUGAAACUGGGGAGAGCUGCUGAGGAAUGAGUUUCAGCUUGAUUCCUUAGUCACAGAAUGCGAAAAGAAAUUAAACAAUCAGGUUAAGUAAAACUGAGAUGUUUCUGUGGUAUCUUUACCCAAACACAUACUCCAUGUGUGCCUUCUUCUACUUUAGGAAUGUCAGAAAUUCCAUUUUGGAUCUUCUGAGGAACUGGAGACCUUGUAAAACAUUCACUUUUACUGAAUGUAAGCAGUAUAGGGAGUACUGCUGAGAAUGGUCAAUAGGAGUAGAAACCUUUCUCUAACUUUAUUCAAAACCCCCCACUUCAUCUAAACCCUGUCAGAGUGAAGUGAUGUUUUUGGUGCUCCAUUUUCUGCACCCUCAGCAGGCUCAGCAUCCUCCCGUGUGUGUGUGUGGAGCAAUAUACGGUGAGACAAAUUCUCAUCGUGCAACAAAACCCACGUGACUUCAAACAUUUCUUCAUUUGCUGUGUUGAAACGAGCAGGGAAGGCACUGGCAUUACUGCUGCCGAGUUGCACGGAGUGAUGUGGAUGACAUCAGGAUUGCCUUCAGUCAGAAAUCUUGAAGUGCAGCUUUGCUGGGUGGGUCUCAGAAGAAUUUGAAAGGGUUCUGGAGAUAUAGGGCGUGUUUACCUCGGUCAGAGUAGUGAGUGUGAUGCCUCGUCCCUGCUAAUGUGCUUCUGGUCUCUUUGACUGCAACAUCAGAAAGCAUGGCGUACAUACUAAAGACACUCAACAGCUGGUUCUGGUGGGAGAAUAUCUGGAUGCCCAUCAACUGCACAUGGGCAGAUUUUGUAGACCGUGAUGGGCUUGUCUUUCCCAAACCACACCAGUUGUAUGCCACAAUCCCAUAUGCUUUUGUAUUGCUGAUCAUCCGAUUCUUCAGUGAAAGAUAUGUUGCCAUACCUCUAGCAAAAGCCUUGGGUAUAAAGAAUGUAAGACGUGUGAAGCCACAGCCUAAUCCUGUGUUAGAGAGUUAUUUCCGGGAGUGCUCAAGACAUCCAUCCCAAUCAGAGAUCAAAGGCCUUGCCAAAAAGUGCAACUGCACCGUCCAUUUGGUGGAGAAAUGGUUCAGGAGACGGCGAAACCUUGAGAUCCCAACAGUGCUCCGGAAAUUCCAGGAAGCUUUCUGGCGAUUUUCAUUCUAUCUGACAUCCUCCAUUGUUGGAUUUAUAUUUCUCUAUGAUAAACCCUGGUUUUACGACAUAUGGCAGACGUGGGUUGGUUAUCCGUUUCAGACCUUGCUGCCAUCCCAGUACUGGUACUACAUGGCUGAGAUCGGGUUUUACUGGUCCCUCAUAUUUACCCUUGGGAUUGACAUCAAGCGGAAGGAUUUUAUGGCUCACGUCGUUCAUCACCUGGCAGCCAUCGGGUUGAUGAGUGGCUCUUGGUGUGGCAAUUACGUGCGGCUUGGAACUCUGGUGAUCUUCGUGCACGACACUGCAGAUUUCUGGCUCGAGGCAGCCAAAAUGUUUAAUUAUGCUCGCUGGGAGAAAACCUGCAACAUGCUGUUUAUCAUCUUUUCUAUCGCAUUCUUCAUCACCAGGAUCAUCCUGUUUCCCUUCUGGAUUCUUCGUGCCACACUAUAUCAGCCUACCUACUACUCCACAACUCCUGUCAUUGCAUAUUUUUUAUUCAAUGGGAUGCUAUUAACCCUCCAAGGCUUGCAUUUAUAUUGGGGUUACUUAAUUUUCAAGAUUUUGAAAAGAUUUGUUUUCCUAAAGGACUUGAAAGAUGAUCGGAGUGAUGAAGAGGAGGAAGAUUCUGUUACAGACACUGAAGAGGAGUCCACAAAGAGCGGCAACAAGAACAGCAGUGGAUCAAGCAAACACCUCCUAAGCAGCAGUCACCAUUAGCCCUGUCCUGCCCCACCUCCUGCAGUGAUUCCUGCUCUGGUUUUAGCCCAACCUACAGAACAGGAUUUAAGUCAAAAGGCUUGUGAGAGACUGUGAUUGAUUUAUUGUUGGCUACUGGACCUGGAAAAAAGCCCAGUUUAGAGGGGAGGGAGAAAUUGCAUAACAUGACAAAAUGUGUUAAUGACCCACUUUUGGAAUCAUUGCAGAGUGUGUGGAAAGAUGUUUGGACUUGCUGACUGACAGUGCUCCACAAGGGCAAAGCUCAAGAGAGUCAAGUAAUUUAGUGUCCCGUUGAGUCUAAUGUUGUUUUUCAAUCUGAUAUAAGAUAUAUUUCAUCAAACAAUUUAAAUCACAGAUGUUUCGUGGUAGGUAGGUAGUGUGAACUCCAUUAGGAACUAGAAUUACUCAAUGUGGGAAAAAUUUGACAGUUCUGUACAGCAACUGGCAUUUUAUCUUUGCUUUUCAGUUUAAACCCUCAUCAAAAUGGGUAUUUUUCUGAGUUAUAUUUCAUUUCCUGGAGGCCAGGGGAAGCAAACAUGGGGGAAUUCAAAUUACUUGUCUGUGAAGGGUUAGCUUCAGUGAAGAAAUACAGACUUUCUCUGAAGUGAUAUAUAGCUGAAAUAUUGUGUCAAGGAAGUCACUGUUAAAACAGCAAAACUCAGCCCCAAUUCUCCAUUGAGUUCCAGGCUUCUCAAAUGUAUUUCAGUCAUUUUGGCCCAGUGUUAAAACAGAAGGUGCAGAGAGGAGAGGGGAAAUGGAAAUUGGAUCUUUUCACAGGUUCUUGUGCACUUACCUGUCUUCAAAAGUUCCAAACACCUUCUGCUCCUUGCUCAUCUUCAGACCAGAAAGUUAAAACCAGAUCUCGUCCACUCCCUUCUCAUGACCUUGUCUCACAGCUUUGGAUACUGCCUUCUCUGGUGCAAAGCCACCAAGUUCUGAUUUGUGGUUCUGGAGUGUUCAGUGCAGGUAGUUGGGCACUGGGGAGCACAGGACUGGCACAGGAUGUCACACUGUUACUGCUGUGGCUUCAUUUGAUACCAGAAUCUGUAUUUCCAUCUCUGCUCUUUUAUGAAAUGGGGAAUCACAUCAGCUAGACCCAAACUUGGAUGUAUGUGACUUCAGCCACAUGCUGUUGUUUAUUGCUGUAACCAGUGAGCAACAGCUCCUCUUACCCCAAGUGCCUCUAUCCUAAAUUUGCACUUCUGUUCUAACACAAGUGGGGCUGCAGCAGCAUUUUCAGUCCCAGGGCUCUCCAUGGAGAGCCCAGGCCUUGUAAACAGGGCGGUGCCAGUCCCAUUUCCCUCUGCAUUAGCUCACAGGGUCAUAAAGGAUUUGUGUCGUAAGUCUGGGAGGUGAGAGGCUCUGCAUGUGCUUCUACAGUAGCUGAGAUCAUCUGGGGACCUAAAUCCAGUAGCCUGAUAGAGGCCAGGGGACCACUCCUAGGGCAGCCUCAGUGCAGAGCGUUCGGCUCAGAACGGCUCCGUUCCCCUUCGGCUGCUCCAGCAGGAAUUGGUGACCUAUGGGAAGCAUUGCAGGACUGACUUGUUUUCCCAAGAUUUCCUUGGCAAAGGGGAUGUAAUUCAGUGACUGAAGCAUUGAAAGAAUGGGAAAUGUUUGGGAUCUCAGAUAUGAAGAAACAAGUGGGCUUCAUGCAGUUACAAGAAGCUGUAGGACGGCUUUGUUACAGAGGCUUUUUUUAAUUUUACUUUACUAAUUUUUUACUUGUAUUUUGGACCAUUUUGGACCUAAAUGUAUAUGUUUUACCACAAAGGGAAUUAAACUGAGGAAGAAGCAUAGCCUACAGCUUCUGAGAAGGAAGGGAGAUGUGUGGUGGUGGAAAAAGACCCCCGUCCUGGUGCUUGUAGUUCCUUGGUGCCACUUGAGCUGAGUGGGCAGAACCCUCUCAGCAGCCUUUGGCUACCAAUGCCCCUCCUGCACAGAUGAGAACACCUUAAAUACUGCAGGGGGAGAGUAUGGGGAGUGUAAGCACUGAUGGCAACAUGUAAAGCAACUGGAGAGUUUGGCAGAGGCACAGUUCUUAUCGGAGCUCUUUUAUUGCCUGCAUGAAAAACACUUUCCUAACAAAACGUGGAAAUCCGGCGUCUUGGAGGAUUUGCACUCCCUUGGGAGAGACAGCAGUGCUUUCUUCAAGAUGUAACGGGGUUUUGGGAGGUGGCCAGGGUAUUAUCAUAUGAUUUUGGUGCCAGAAGCUUUCUUCCUAUGACUAGGAAAGGAAUUUAGUAAAGGAAACAAAGAAUGUUGUCGUCACAGGAAUGAGCCUCUGAACAACUACUGAUUUUUAAACUGGAAUUUAUAGUCUCCUUGAGGCCAAAACUUGCCUUUCCUACUCAGGACAAAUCUCCCACUGAAGCCAAUUAAUUCUAUUGGAGUCUUGCCUAGGAAAAAUUUUGGAUUGCAGUUAUCCAACCUAAUUGCAAGAACUUUUGUUCUAAGUUGAUGUGAAACUGAGAUCUUAAGGGAAGAACAAAAGGUGGAUGAAUACACUCAGGUAUAAAACUUUGAGGCAAAUUUUGGGUGAGUCCAGAAGAAUAUGGAAGAAAGUAACAUCCUGUAGGUGAAGAUUGAGUCUGGGCACAGUAAGCAAGGAAAUAACAUUGCAGUGGGAGUGGGGUGGAAGGCAGACCAAGAUGAUCAGACCUAAAAUUUCUGAAUGUAAACCACUAGGUCCUGGUAAUAAAUACCCACAGCACAGAAAGAAGUGGGAAUGGGCUGUCACAGUGUCCCCUGUUCACAUCAGAUGGAUCAUUCCUGGAGUUAUGUGCAUUUAAUUUCCCCUUUUUUACUGAUUGAAACAAGAAGCUGAGGUCAUGGGGCACAAUUUCUCCUAAAGGAAUUUAUGUCAUGGUGCUUCAAGAUUUUCAGUCUAUUCACUGCAAUGCAAUGAAGAUUCAGCAUUUUUAUAAUCUUGUUGUGCAGAGUCUCAAAGUGCAGGUGCAGAACAACUGUAGGUGUGUAUGGGAGCACAGACAGACUCUAACAUUUUCUUUUUACCAUUUCACAAAGUGUGUCCUAGUUCAAUGAACAGACACUGCAUCUGGCUUUGCUGUGUUGCUUUGACCAUGCCAAAAUAUUUCUGAUAGAGCUAUAGACUGAAAAUCAAAUCUUAGUCCAUAAGACUCAGGGGAAACUCUUCUGUUUCAUUUGAUUUCUCUGGAUUUAGUUCAGGUAUUCCUGUCUGUGUGAACUCUGCUUCCUCUGUACUUGUGUCAGAUUUACCAGCCUGCUCUGGACUGGGUUCACAGAUCUCCUUUACUCCACAAAACUAAUUUUGUCAAUUCAUGUUAUUUGGUAUAAUUAUCUUUUUUUUUUUUUUUUGUUCUUUAUGCCACUGACUUUGGUCAGCUGAAAUACGCACUACAAAUAAAUAUUUUUUAAAAACA